AAACAUGCUUGUAAAAUUGACUAACUACCAACUUAAUUAAUUUCACACGUUCUUAAAGAAAACAUCUGAUCCAUACAUUCAGGGGCACACACAAGAAAAAAUCAACAUGAAAAACGUAUAAAGUGGACGCUAUUUUUCAUCGUAGAGUGAAUCGAAAAGGGGAGAGUGAAAUCUUUAAAUUAGCUUUGUUAAUUGCAGCGAUCAUCUUCAGGUUUCUUUCAGUUUGAUGAAAUCAAUCAUAUACUUAAAACCCUAAGUAAAAGGAGAAAUUUUGGUUGAAGAUAAGGUUUAGUUUGGUUAGAAUCAUAUACUUGAAGACUAAGAGAAGUGUCAAUUUGAAGAUAAAUUAGAAAGGAUGACUUCGUCAGUGUCGGGAUCAUAUCGUCUUGGAGGGACAUUUUCAUCAUCCAAUUUAUCACCCUUAGCUCUACCAUUUAAGGUUGAUAAAUCUAUUCCAAAACCAAAUUCAUCAAAUCCAUCUGUGAAUUCUAGUGAUAUGCCAUUGUAUAUUGCGUGCUUUGACCCAGCUCCUGGUCAAUUUUGGAAUAGCUCGUCGUCUUCAACCUCUACUUCAAAAUUUACAGCAACGGAGUCACUGGCUACUAAUGUCAAUUAUUCGUCUGCUAUGAACACGUAUGGGUAUCAAGAAGUCCAAUCAAGCACUUCACCUGCCAGUGUUUUUUACACUACCACUAAUGUGCCUGCUUAUGAUCCUUUCUCAUAUAAUCCAUAUCCGGAUUGCAUGCCUUCAAAUAUUAACGAUGGCACAAAAUCUUAUUAUCCUCAAUGUAUUCCUCCUCCACCUCAAAAAGAUGGGUCUCUGAGUUUGGGGGUUGGGGUUGGUAGUGAGCCGAGUUAUGACUUGAUGUCGUGCCCUGGUUCUACUCAUUUUAAUAGAUGUGGAUCUGCCCGAGUUAAUCCCCCACAUAAUAUGCCUGAUUAUGGGGGAUAUAAAUCAAAGUGGGGUUAUGUUCGGAGUGGAUUGAAUGGCAGUGAACACGGAAAAUGGAUGGACUAUGAUCAAGGGUUUAUUUCGAAGGAAUUAAAUGCCUCAAAUUUACCCAGCAGCAAGGGUUCGCUAUUUGACCAGAUCAAUAAACCUUUUGUUGACGUCAAUGUUCGUCCUUUUGUUGAUGGGAGCAGCAAGAAUCACUUUUUUGAUGAUGGGAGGAUAAACAGUCAUCUAAAACUAGGUACUGGCUUAACUCAGGACUCCAAUUUACACAGUGGAUCCUCGACUAUUAAUGUUAAGGACAAACGCUUCGAUAUUUUUGAUGGAGCCUAUAACCAAGGCAGCCUUGGCUUGGAGCAGCAAGGCUUUAUGUCAUCAUCCAAAUGUGCUAUAAUGAGAACUUCUGCGUCUGCAUCAGUCUCUAAAGGAAGCCCUCUUUUUCAGGAACCAGUUAUGGAAUCUGUUUCAUGUUUUUCUGGUUCUCAAAAGGCAAAUAGUUCUUCACAGGAGGACCAUUUCAGCCACACUGGAUUUUCUAUGUUUGGCUGUGCAUCAACGACCAGUUCUUUUCCCAAAGAUGUGUCCGAAAAAACAUUUGGUGGGUGUAGGCCUUCAGUGGAGCAUAUUCCUUCAGCUGUUAAACUGAAUUUCAUGGGCAUUGAUGCUGCUGACCAAAGUAAAUCAGUUACAGGGUAUAAAUCUUAUCAAAUGGAGGCUCAGACGCCACAUGGUUGGAAACGCCAUUCCAGCAUUACAAUCAGAAGACCUACUCCCACCACUGAAGCAACCUCUCUCCAAAUAAGAGAAACUGUUGAUAGUAGGCUUGAUAACAAGGGUAGUUCUGGGAAAAUAAAAUUUCCAUCUCAAGUACAUCACUGCACAAGUUUACAUGGCUUAAAUAUGGAAGCUAAGGAUGCUGAAGCUGUACAUUCAGGUGAAGAACAUUUUGGGGGUUCUGAUGAUCAUAGUUCUGCUGAGGAUUCACCAUGCUGGAAAGGAUCCUCUUCUAAUCGUUUUUCAUUGUUUGAACACUCUGAAAAUGUGGAUUCUGAUGUUCUUGUGAAAACAAUAGAUAAAUCCAGAAGUUUGAGUUCUCAAGAUCAUCAGAAUAAUGGUCUUUUCCCCUCAAUAAAAUUGAAUAAGGCAGUUUCUUUAGAGAAGCCUUCAGUUACUGUUUGUACGUCAAUUGAUUAUGAUGAUUUUGGUUCUGUGAACCCAAAACCUUAUCACUUUGAUCUCAAUACUGGAGGUAGCCCUCAAUUUUCUGAUGAUUCCCGCACAUCUAUGAUGGACUGCAAUCUGAAGAAGAAAUCUAAAUCUGAUUUAGAUCCCAACAGUUCUCCGGCUGCACAAACUAAUCCGAGUGGAGAACUUUCAUCUGCUAGUCAUAUUUCUGAAGCACUCCUUUCUGAAAAGGGUGGGAAUGACACUCCUGUUGUGGCAGAGGUUCUUUCUGGUUUGACAUCAAACAUUGACAGUAAGUUUUCGAAUCUGCUUCCUGGAAACAAGAUGAGUUUGAAAUCAGCUGGUGGAGAUUCAGACUCAAGGAUCGAUGUUAACAUGCUGCUGAGGACAAUGAUGAGUCUAUCAGAAAUAUUUCGGAGUCACUGUUUCAGCAGUCAAGCUAAAGUUGCAGAGAAGCACACUGUUUGCAUUAAGCAGAUUAUCAGCAACCUUAUGGCUUCUAUGUUGCUGAUGUCUGGAGUGACUAUUCCUACUCCUUUGCUUUCCUCAUCAGAUAAAGUUCUCCAGAAAGAAUUUCCUGUUGUUCAAAUGGUGAAUGAUGCUGAAACGCUGGCUAACUCUUUAAAGCUUGGUGGAAGAACUGAGGACCUUUCGGAUUAUGUUUUUUUCAAGGAUGAAGAGUUCCCAUUUGGAGAUGCUAAUAUGACAGAGGCUCUGAAGAAUCUUAUUUCUGAGAAUCUGCAAGAAGAGGAAACAGAUCAGCCGAAACUUUUGUAUAAAAAUCUAUGGCUUGAAGCAGAAGCCUCACUAUGUGUCAUGACUGCUAAAGCUCGCUUUCUUCGUAUGAAGACCGAGAUGAAGAGGAUUAAUGAUGGAACAAAAGAUAGCCUAGCAAGGUCUAAUGUUCCUGCAGAUGUUAAACUAGCAACUGUUGAAGAAGAUUCCCCAUCUCUUGGUGAAUGUCCAAAGCCUUCUACAUCUGGCGAGCACACUCACAUCAAGGUAUUCCAUGAUCCAGAACCAGAGUUGAAUGGUGUCGGCGCUAGAUAUCAUAUCCGUAAGAAUCGUAUUGAUACCUCCAACGCUAUGAACUAUGAGAGCAAAGAACCUUGUAACAACCAUAAUUGUGCUUCGAGUAUGUUCGAUGUUGACAAUGGCUCCCUUGCUCAGCCGACUACUGUUUUUGGAGGAUAUCAAAUCCUGAAAGGUAAAGAUGACAACUCCAAUCACCUGAACUAUGAAGCGUCACAGUCACCAGGAGAUGAGAACUAUCUGCCAGACGAUGAUUCCUCAAGCAGGGACAAGGUUUUUCAGGAUUCCCAAAUGUCUAACUCAUUGGGUGUUACUGAUGAUGAUGAGGCGUCUGUUAUGGCUAGGUUCCGAAUGAUACAAAAUCGUAUAGAUUGUUCGGACUCUAUGGCUGAUUAUCCUGUGCCCAAAGAAACAAUUGCUUUCCAGGAUUCUCAAAUGUCCAACUCAUUGGGUGUUACUGAUGGACACGAGGCUUCUGUUAUGGACAGGUAUCGGAUCAUUCGAAGCCGUAUGGAUCACUCAAACACCGUUACCGUUACCGACGAUCCUGCAUCUGCUCAAACAAUUGCUUUCCAGGGUUCCCAAAUGUUCAACUCAUUAGGCGUUACCAACGAAUGCAAGGCAGCCUUCCGGAGAAUAAAAAGUUGCAUGGAUCACUCAAACGCUAUGACCCAUAAUCCCAUACCGGGACAAUCAAGUGGAACAGCCGAGGAUGGAAUCAAAGAGAUAGGUGGGCCUCAACAGAAAAGCAACAUUAAAAAACCUACAUUUGGGCCGUAUCCAGAAUUGCUCGAGGAUGAAAAUGUGGAUGGUGUCAACAUCGGUGUUGAUGAACAAGCAGCAUAUGUUCCUACCUUAAAGACCAAUAGGAUGAGCACUGAGGUACUUGAGGGUUGGUAUGACAAUGAAUCCUCUACAUCAGAUUGGGAACACAUUUCUAGCCCUGAUGUCUGAAAACGCGGCUGACCGACUGACACCUUCCGCAGAUAUCUUCUUCUCCUCGCAGGUUUCAAACUAUUUGUAAUUAGUUAGUAUACACUUUCUCUCCAAGUUUGUCAUAAGCUAUUGCACCUUUUGGAUCAUCAAACUUUCGAUUGUGUGGAAACUGGUUCGGAUUUGAUAUCACUGAUUUGAAUAACAAUAUGCGAAGCUAAUGCACGUUGGCUUAGUAACGAGGGAAUUUCCAUUUAAAA